AGUCGGAGUCCAGCUGUUUGCAGGCGCUCUCAAGCAAGCUUGGAGCGUCAACGUGACAUCGAACAUUGUCCAGCUGGGACGAUGGCAAAAGGCCACCCAGCCGUUAUUAUUGCGACCUUUUAGAUCAUGGAUGUGCCACCCGCCAACUGGCAACUGCAGAGGGGAGGACCGGAGGAAUCAAGUCAAGACGAUAGUUGUAGAAAUGGCAAUGGGCUGGUUGGAGCUGCUUCAGUCGUGACUUAUUUCGGUUCUUACGAAUAGAAAUGCUCGCGCGCGGCCUCGUUCCGUCCGCCUUACUGAAGUCUUAUCGAUCUCUCCGAACCCAAAUGGAAAUGGGAGUUCGGAAGACGACUCUAUCGCCAUCUUCGCCUUCUGAAACCCUAUUCAACUCCCAUACCCUUCUCCCUCCGCAUCCAUGGCGGCUGCCGCCUUUGAGUUCUAUCCCCACUUCUCGCCGAGGAACCCCGUCGCUCGUUCCAAGUCACGCCGCACUCCCAUUCCGUUUCCCGGCCAUCGGGCAUCUUACGUCGCUGGGCGUUGCACUGACAUCCGAGCGAAGUGCGCUUUGCAGACGGGGAGAUUCUCCUUCGAUGUGGCUUCUGAGAUGCAGCUGAAGGCGAGGGGGUUCAUGGGGAUGAGGAAGACGAAGCUGGUAUGCACGAUCGGCCCUGCGUGCUGCUCGGAGGAACAGCUGGAGAGGCUUGCCAUGGAGGGAAUGAACAUUGCGAGGCUCAACAUGUGCCAUAGCACCCGCGAGUGGCACAGGAAUGCGAUACAAGCAAUCAGAAGGCUGAAUGAGGAGAAAGGAUUCUGCAUCUCCGUGAUGAUUGAUACAGCGGGAAGUGACUUUCCGAUGCUCAAUCAUGGAAGCGCUUCCUCCAUCAAAACUGAGGAUGGAUCACUAUGGUUAUUUACAACUCAGAAACUGGAUGGUUCUCCAUUCACCAUCCAAGUGAGCGCAGAAGGAUUUUCAGAAGGAAUAUUGGUGGGUGAUGAGCUUGUGAUAGAUGGCGGGAUGGCAACCUUUGAAGUUGUUGAGAAAAUUGAAAAUGAUUUACAUUGCAGAUGCACGAAUCCUGGCUUGCUUUUACCUCAAGCUAAAUUAUCAUUUUGGAGGAAUGGAAAGCUUGUUACAUGGAACACAACUUUGCAUGCUUUGAAGGCGAAGGACUGGAAAGAUAUUGACUUUGGAAUUGCUGAAGGAGUUGAUUUUAUUUCCAUUUCAUUCGUGAAUGACGCAAGUGAUAUCAAGCAUUUGAAGAGUUAUCUGUCUUCUAGAUCUGUCGAAUUCACAGGCGUCCUAGCAAAAAUUGAAAGCCUCAAAUCUCUUGAACAUCUACAGGAUAUCAUAGAGGCUUCUGAUGGGAUAAUUAUAGCACGUGGUGAUCUUGGAGUUCAGGUUUCACUUGAAGAAAUCCCAGCUAUUCAACUGAAAAUUACUCAGUUAUGUAGGCAAUUGAACAAGCCUGUAAUAGUGGCUUCUCAGCUACUUGAGUCCAUGGUUGAAUACCCAAUUCCUACAAGAGCUGAGAAGGUAGCAGAUGUUUCAGAAGGUGUGAGGCAGUACGCAGACGGUUUAAUGUUGUCUGGCGAGUCAGCAAUUGGAUUAUUUGCAGAAAAGGCUCUCUCAGUAAUGAAAAUAACUAGUGAACAGAUGGAGUUGUCAAGUCGUAGGGAAUUAUGCCAAAGCUUUAUCUAUCAACCGUUACUUGCUGAAUCUUCAGUUGGCAAGAUUGCUGAGCAAAUUUGCAAAUCUGCUGUCGAAAUGGCAAACAACCUUGGUGUGGAUGCUAUUUUUGUAUACACAAAGCGUGGACAAAUGGCAUCACUUCUGUCACGGAACCGUCCAAAUCCUCCCAUUUUCGCUUUCACAGAUGAUGCUGGUGCUAGAAAAGCAAUGACUCUGUUAUGGGGAGUUUUCCCACUUGAGACCUAUUUCUCAGAUGACAUGGAAUCUAAUUUUGAAGAAAUUACUCGUCUUCUGAAGGUUAGAGGUUGCCUAAAAUUAGGUGACUUGAUUCUGGUGGUGUGUGACUCUGACGUGGGUGGUUUUGAUGUAUUGCCUUUGUUCCAGUCCAUUCAAAUUAGGGCAAUUGUUUAGGCCGUCGUUUUCUUAGAUACAGGAUUAAAGAUAAGUUGUACCUGGCAGUAAUCAACUAGCUAAAAUCAUUUAUUUGGUAGUCGACACUAGCUUAGUAUUGCUGCCCGCAGAUGUAUUGAGUUUGACAUUUGAAUCAAUUAUCAGACUUAGUUCUUUAUUCUACUUAA